GUUGGCGCCGGAGCGGGACCGGACCGGGACCGGGACCGGGACCCGGAUCCGGAAUUGGGAUUGGGAUUGGGAUUGGAACCGGGACCGAGACCGGGACCGGGAUUGGGAUUGGAACCGGGACCGGAACCGGGACCCGGAUCCGGAUCCGGAUUGGAACCGGGACCGAGACCGGGAUUGGGACCGGAACCGGGAUUGAGAUUGGAACCGGGACCGAGACCGGAACCGGGACCGAGACCGGAACCGGGACCGGGAUUGGAACCGGGACCGAGACCGGGACCGGGAUUGGGAUUGGAACCGGGACCGGAACCGGGACCCGGAUCCGGAUCCGGAUUGGAACCGGGACCGAGACCGGGAUUGUGACCGGGACCGGGAUUGAGAUUGGAACCGGGACCGAGACCGGAACCGGGACCGGGAUUGGAACCGGGACCGAGACCGGGACCGGGAUUGGGAUUGGAACCGGGACCGGAAUUGGAAUCGGAACCGGAACCGGGACCGGGACCGCGAUUGGAAUCGGAACCGGGACUGGGAUCGGGACCGGACCGGGGUCCCAGCCGCCAUGGCCUCCAGCGGCUGCACGUUCGCGGACCGGUGCGUGAGCGUGCUGUGCUGCCGGUUCUGCCGGCAGGUGCUGAGCUCGCGGGGCAUGCGGGCGGUGCUGCUGGCGGACACCGACACCGACCUCUACUCCACCGACAUCCCGCCCUCGGGCACUGUCGAUUUCAUCGGAAGCUGCUACUUCACUGAGAUCUGCAAGUGCAAACUGAAGAACAUCGCCUGUUUGAAGUGUGGGAAUGUCGUUGGCUACCACGUGAUUUGCCCCUGCAAGCCCUGCCUGCUGUCCUGCAACAACGGCCACCUCUGGAUGUUCCACAGCCAGGCAGUGUUUGGCAUCAACAGGCUGGACCCUUCUGGUGUGAAUGCAUUGCUGUGGGGCAACCUGCCCGAUCUGGAGGAAAGCACAGAAGACACGUCCUGCACCUCUGAGGAGGAGUACAUCAGAUAAAUGUUACCUGCAGGAUCUUCCCUCCUCCUGUGGCCUGGCUGGCUGCUUUGCAUUUAUUUAAUUUCACCUGGUGGCCCAUCAGAGUUUAAACAACAGGGGAAAAAAAACAGGAAAUCUGGAAAAAAAAAAUCCAAAAAAAGGGGAUUUCUUCUUGCUCUUUCCCUGUAAGCUUCCCUGGACUCUGCCUGAGCAGAGAUACACCUUGGAAAUGCCAACACAAAGUGCAUUUACUGAGCUCUGUUUUGCUUUUUAUUCCUAACCCUCUACAGCUGAUAAUCCUUCUUUUCUUCUUCCCCAAAGCACUUUUCACAGUGCAAAACCUCUCAGCUGCUUCCAGCUCGAAGGAAUUUUCAGGAAUAAUCAGCCAGGUCUGGGAGAGCUCAGCUCUGUGCUCAGAACUGCCUCAGAGUUCUGCUGCUCUGCCUUUGGAACCUCCCUGCACCUGAGGCACCCCAGGAUGCUCCUAAAUGUGCCCUGGGAAGCCUCUUAGAGCCUUUCCAUCUUUAUUUUUCAAUACUUUCAGGGUUCUGUCUCCACAGAGAUCAAGUUUGUGUUUUUUCUCCCUGACAAAACCUAAAUUCUGCAGUUUCUCAGUAGAACUUCAAGGCUGCACUGGAAUUUUUGUUCAGGGCAGCACUAAAACCCAUCCACUUUCUUAUAUAUAUAUAUAUAUAUAUAUAUAUAUAUAUAUUUUUUUUUUUUUUUUCCCUCUUCAAAACAAAACUCAGUCAUGAAAUUGGGUCUUUUUAGAGAAAGGAAAAAAAAAAAAGUUAAAUAUUUGGUGUUCAUGCCUGAUUUUCCAUCCUGAGCUGCACAGACAAUCUGGUUCCUGUUGGUAAUGAAUUCAAAGCUCAUUUUCUGAGCUGUUAACAAACCAUGAUGUUUUAUUUCUGUCCCCUUCAGCUAAUCACCUGAAGGCCAGCAAUAAAAAAAGCCCAGAUAAAAUCAUACCAGAGAACAGAGGACACUUUUAAAUUUGGAUUGAUGCUGAAUAAAUCACUCUGUAGCCUCUUGUGAUACUUGAAAGGGGUGCAAUGAAGACAGAUCUGAAUUCUCAGUAUUUUUACUGCUCGUUAUGUAUUUCUUAAUUAAUGGUACUACCUCUUCUGCACUGUUUAAAUGUAUGUUGGUGUAUAUUUGUAUGUUUCUGUCUUGUUUUGAAUUCCUGUGUUGUGUCUGCCCAGGAAAUAAAAGCUUUGGACUCUGGAGUCUUCA